AGCUCUGGUAGGCGGGGCUGGGCGGAAUCCUGCACCCAGAGUCAAGAGCUAUCUGUCCGCACCACUACUGCCCUUAGCUGCACGACCCAGCUGGGUGCUUGCACAGGGGCCAGCCAUGCUGCGGAAGGUGUCACUGCUUGUGGGGCUCCUUAUGUGGGGGACCUUUUCCAGCCUUGACAAAUUCGUGUACGUCGACAAGAACUUGAAGGCCUUUGUCAUGUCUGUGGAGCACGUUGUGUUCAAGUUCAAUGAGGCCCAAGAGGACCCGUUUCUUUACAAGGUCCUGCGGAUCUGGCGGAGCAAGCGUCAGUUCUCUACUGAGACAUAUUUAAUAGAUCUGGAGAUGGGCCGUACAAUGUGCAAGAAACAAGACGAUGACUUAGACAACUGCCUGCUGCAGCAGGAGAUAGGACGGAGGAAGGUGCGCUGCACUUACUUUGUGCGGACCCUGGAGUGGAUCACCCAGUUCUCCAUCGUGAACAGCACCUGUGAUCAGAUCUAGGCGGGGAGGGCCUGGUCAACCUUACAAACAUCCUUAUCCUCUGGAGCGUGACAGUCCUGUGUUCUAGUUCGGGGUGUCCAGCACAAUUAAAAGCCUCUCAUAACACUUAAAGUUCA